AUGUACAGCACGCAAUCAUACAGCCCUGUGCUCUGUGGGUGUGAGCGUUCGUACCCAGCAACCUCCAUUUCCUUUCUCACAGGGAAGUUUGAAUGCGAGUUGUGUGAGCGCACCUUCAGUGAAAAAUGGGCCCUGAACAACCACAGGAAACUGCACAGUGGGGAAAAACCGUACAAGUGCGGCUGGCCUUCCUGCCACUACGCCUUCCUCAACCUGUCGGCCAUGAAGGACCACUACAGGACACACACCGGAGAGAAGUCUUAUCUGUGUGACCUGUGUGGUUUUGCGGGAGGCACGAGACACGCCCUCACCAAGCACAGACGGCAGCACACCGGAGAAAGACCCUUCAAAUGCAAGCUCUGCAACUUCGCCUCCACUACACAGUCCCACCUAUCGCGACACAAACGUGUUCACACCGGGGAGAAACCAUACCGCUGCCCCUGGUGCGACUACAGAUCUAACUGUGCUGAGAAUAUCCGGAAGCACAUUCUCCAUACUGGCAAACAUGAGGGUGUGAAGAUGUACAACUGUCCCAAAUGCAGCUACGCCACCAACUCUCCCAAUGAUUUCCGAAACCACCUGAAGGAGAAUCACGCUGAUAUCGAGAAUCCAGACCUCGCCUACCUACAUGCAGGUAAU